ACAAUAUCACAGCUAGUUCAUAAACACGUAGCCAUGAGACGGUCGGCUUACUUAUUAUUUGCCAUUUGCUUGGCUUUCGCAAAUGCUACUGAAAGAGUCCGUAGAGGUUACGGCGGUGGCGGAGGCGGAGGUGGGGGUGGUGGAUUCGGUUUCGGGGGUGGAGGAGGUUUUGGCUACGGAGGCGUUGGUGGCGCUGGAGGUGGUGCCGGUGGUGGCUUCGGAGGAGGACUCGAUGUUAUUCGUGAAGGUGUACACGGCAUUCUUGGAAAAGUUCACGAAGGCAUAAACCAUCUUAAAGGAAGUGGUGGCUUCAGUGCCAGCGGUGGAAUAGGUGGAGGUCUUGCUGGUGGAGCUGGCAGUGGCGGUGGUAGUGGCUUCGGAGGAGGAAAUGGAGCAGGCGGUGGUGGAGGCUUAGGAGGAGGAAAUGAGAAAUCUAUAUAUACAAAGUCAGAUGAUGGCAAAUCGGGUGGUUUUGCUUUCACUGGUACAACUGGCAAUGGCGGAUACGGCGGUGGAGGUGGUUAUAGCAGUGGAGGAAGUGGUAGUGGCUAUGGAGGGGGUGCUGGAUUUGGAGCUGGCGGUGGGUCUGGUGGAGGAACUGGUGGCUCUAAUGGAAAAGGAGGAUAUGGCGGCGGAAAUUCAGGAUUUGGCGGUAGUGAUGGAUCUGGAGGACUAGGAGGAGGGGCCGGUGGUGGAAUCGGUGGUGGGAUUGGCGGUGGAAUCGGUGGUGGAAACGGUGCCGAAAAUGGUGGUGGAAAGGGCCAAAGUGGAUCAAGCGGAUUUGGAGGUGGCACUGGUGGUGGUUAUGGCGGCGGAGCUGGAGGUGGUUUGGGUAGUGGAAGUGGAGGUUCUGGAGGAGGCAGUGGUGGAUCCGGAGGAUAUGGCAGUGGCCUAGGAGGAGGUCAUGGAGGCAGCCAUGGUGGAUCAAGUGGUUUUGGAGGAGGCAGUGGUGGAUCCGGAGGAUACGGUGGUGGAUCUGGCAUUGGAGGAGGUUCUGGAGGAGGUCAUGGAAGUGGCCUUGGUGGAUCAGGUGGUUUAGGAGGAGGCAGUGGUGGAUCCGGAGGAUACGGUAGUGGAUCUGGCCUCGGAGGAGGUUCUGGAGGAGGUCAUGGAAGCGGCCUUGGUGGAUCAGGAGGCUUUGGAGGAGGCAGUAGUGGAUCCGGAGGAUACGGUGGCGGAUCUGGCCUUGGAGGAGGUUCUGGAGGAGGUCAUGGAAGCGGCCUUGGUGGAUCAGGUGGCUUUGGAGGAGGCAGUAGUAUAUCCGGAGGAUACGGCGGCGGAUCUGGCCUUGGAGGAAGUUCUGCGGGAGGCCAUGGAAGUAGCCUUGGUGGAUCAGGUGGUCUUGGAAGUGGUACCAGUGGAUCUGGAGGUUAUGGAGGAGGGGCAGGCGGUGGUCUAGGCGGUGGUGCUGGUGGUGGCUUAGGAGGAGGAUACGGAGGAUCCGGAACUGGAAGUGGAGGUAGUAGUGGAGGACAUGGUGGAUCUGGAGGUUACGGUAGUGCAAAUGGUGGUAGUAGUGUGUUCGGAGGGGGGCAUGGUGGAUCUGGAUCUGGAGGUGGAUUAGGUGGUGGUCUUGGCGGAGGUUUCGGAGGAGGCAUUGGAGGAGGACUUAGCAGUGGGCUUGGCGGUGGACUAGGUGGACUAGGAAGCCUUGGAGGUUCAAGUGGAUUUGGUGGUCAUGGAGGUGGCCAAGGCGGUGGCUCAGGAGACUAUGGAAGCUCUGGCAGUGGUUCUGGUGGCUACGGAAGCUCUGGUGGUGCCAACGGGGGAGGUUGCGGUUCAGGAUCCUGUGGUGGAUGUGGGUCUGGUUCUUGUGGUGGACAAGGAGGUGCAUUUGCUAGUGCCAAAGCAUCUGCCUCUGCUAGCGCUAGCAGUUACGGAAAAUAACAUAAUUUCUGUUGAAACUUGUAUAAAAUGGAUUUAAAAUAUACAACUAACUCAAUCAUCAACAGUUUUAAUUACAUAAAAAACCUCCAUAAAAAUAUUUCUAUGAGAAAAAUUGAUGAUAAAAGCAAUUAUUAUAAGCAUAUAAAUGACCCAUUGAUCAUUGUUAAUAUAAGGUUGACUCAUACAUAUUGUAAUUAAUCUUAGACAUAAUUAAAGUCAAGUGAUGAUGUGAUUGUAUUUAUAUAUAAUUGUAGUUAUAAAAAUAUAAGUUUUUCAAUCGA